CUCUCGUGAUAAUUAGGUACAAGUUAAACGGGUAUACAGCAGCUGACUUUAUGUCACAAGUGUAAUUAACAAAAUGCAAAUCUUAAUUCUAAUUGCUUCCUUAACUAUCGUAACGAUAGUGGGGGGCGAAGGUGGGUCAUGCCCCCCCACCCUUCCAGUGGACAUCUGCGACGCUCAAUGUGGACCCAACUCUGAGUGUAGUGGCAAGCAACUGUGCUGCCCUACUGCCUGCGGAGGGUCAAUGUGUGUGGAUGCUAUGACGACCAGGCAUUUUACCACUUUCAUAAAAAAAGGCCGAUGCCCCGAGUUCCCCCGCGGACCCUGGGUCUGCACGCACACCUGCACGAGCGACUCCGAUUGUCCGCGAACCCUGAAGUGCUGCGCCAACCGCUGUGGAGCCCUGACUUGUCAGAGACCGGAGGUCGACGACCCACCAGUAGAUCCCACGCAAUAAAUAGAGAUACAUACAUACAUACGCCGUGUGGUUCCCGGCACCAAUACAAAAAAUAAUAGGACCACUCCAUCUCUUUCCCAUUAAUGUCGUAAAAGGCGACUAAGGGAUAGGCUUAUAAACUUGGGAUUCUUCUUUGAGGCGAUGGGCUAGUAACCUGUCACUAUUUGAAUCUCAAUUCUAUCAUUAAGCCAAAUAGCUGAACGUGGCCAUUUAGUCUUCAAGACUGUUGGCUUUGGUCACCCCGCAUGGGAUAU